AUGUUGAAAUGCGCAUUACCUAGAAACCUCUUUAAACGCACCAAGUUGCAGCAAGGAAGUGAUUCCACUGAUUUGACCUUGGCUAGCUCAUCGACUUCCUAUGAUAAUUUAGCCUCAGAAGAAACGACUGACCCUCCUGAAGAAACUACCAAUGUACCAACAAUUAUCAUUCCCAAACCAGCAAUGAGACUUAAUGUUCAUGUUUAUCAGACUGAAAAAAAGGAAAUUAGAAAGAUGGCACCGACAACAAUAUCAGAGGAUAGAUUGACUUCUGGACACCGCCUGUCUCACCCACCGCCUGGAGAAGAGAUUCUCAUCUCUGGAGUAUCAGGCUACUUCCCCGACUCAGACUCCGUCAUACACCUGCAAGAAAAUCUAUUUAAUAAGGUGGAUCUUAUCUCCGGAGAUGCUCGUCGUUGGAAACUUGCUCACCCUGAAAUCCCUCAGCGGACAGGAAAGAUCAACAAUGUCAAUAAGUUUGAUGCUUCGUUCUUCGGCGUGCACUACAAGCAGGCCCACACAAUGGACCCUAUGUGCAGAAUCUUGCUCGAGAAGGCCUACGAGGCUAUUAUUGACGCUGGUGUUAAUCCCAGGGAACUUCGGGACACAAAGACUGGUGUGUUCGUAGGAGCUUGCUUUUCGGAAUCUGAAAAAACUUGGUUCUACGAAAAGAUGCAGGUCAACGGCUUCGGUAUUACUGGGUGCUCCCGUGCUAUGCUGGCCAAUCGAAUCUCUUAUUGGUUGGGAGUGACUGGGCCUUCGUACACAGUGGACACUGCUUGCUCAAGUUCUCUCUACGCCUUAGAACAUGCCUUCAGGGCCAUCCGUGACGGCCACUGUGAUUCUGCCAUCGUCGGAGGAUCUAACCUUUGUCUUCAUCCUUACGUAUCAUUACAGUUCUCCAGGUUAGGAGUAUUAUCACCAGACGGCAGCUGUAAGAGUUUUGAUAACAGUGCCAACGGUUAUGCCAGAUCUGAAGCUAUCGUUGUAGUCUUUUUGCAAAAAGCCAAGGAUUCCAGAAGGGUGUAUGCUCAACUUCUCCACGCCAAGACUAACUGCGACGGUUAUAAAGAACAGGGUAUCACUUACCCAGCUGGUCAGAUCCAGAAACUUCUCCUCAGUGAGUUCUACGAAGAGUGCUCCAUUCCACCGUCCAUCUUAGAGUUUGUCGAAGCUCACGGCACAGGUACUAAAGUAGGAGACCCUGAAGAGUUAAUGGCUAUAGACGAGAUCUUCUGCACCGGUCGCUCUGACCCGCUUUUUAUUGGUUCCAUCAAGUCCAACUUAGGUCACAGCGAACCUGCCUCUGGACUGUGCUCUGUGGCUAAGCUCUGCAUUGCCUACAGCACCGGUUACAUUCCACCAAAUCUUCAUUUCACUGUUCCCCGUGAAGGCGUAACAGCAUUAGCCGAAAACAGGUUAAAGGUCAUAACAGAAAAGCAACCAUGGAAUAGAGGCAUGUCUGGAAUAAACAGUUUUGGUUUUGGAGGAGCCAAUGCUCAUGUCUUAUUAAAGAACAUCGCUAGGGACAAGGUCAACAAAGGCAUGCCAUCUGACGACCUACCUCGCUUGGUCUGCGUUUCUGGUCGCACUGAGUCAGCUGUGGCCAGGAUCUUGGAUGAUCUGGAAUCUAGGACUGUUGAUGCUGAGCUGAUCAGAUUACUGCAUGCUAUUCAUGAUGAUGACAUCCAAGGACAUGUAGUUAGAGGAUACACACUUUUGGAAUCCACACCUACCACAGCAGUAUCAAGAGCUCGUGAAAUUGAAUACUUCUCCGGAGUUCGCAGACCGGUCUGGUUUGUGUACUCUGGCAUGGGUUCCCAAUGGUCUGGCAUGGGCAAGGAGCUUAUGAGAAUCCCAGUUUUUGCUGCAAGCAUCGAAAAAUGCCAUAAAGCACUUGAACCUAAAGGCAUCAACUUAACCAAGAUCAUCACGGACGCUGAUCCCACAAUUUACGAUAACAUCCUGAACUCUUUUAUUGGCAUUGCUGCUGUGCAGAUAGGUCUCACCGACAUCCUCAAGACCAUUGGCAUCGAACCAGAUUAUAUCAUUGGUCAUAGUGUUGGCGAACUCGGCUGCGCUUACGCUGAUGGCUGCUUUACCGCUGAAGAGAUGAUUUUGUCUGCAUAUAGCAGAGGCUUGGCUUCUCUUGAAACUCCUUUCAUUAAAGGAUCUAUGGCUGCUGUUGGUCUGGGAUACAACCAGAUCAAAACAAUGUGCCCUCCGGAAAUAGAUGUAGCCUGUCACAACGGCCCUGACUCCUGCACCAUCUCAGGUCCUGCUGACGUCAUGAAGAGCUUCGUUGCCAAAUUGACAGCCGAUGGUAUUUUCGCCAAAGAGGUCCCUUGCUCAAACAUAGCAUACCACUCACGCUAUAUUGCCGAAGCUGGUCCAACUCUGCUGAAAUACCUGAAAAAAGUGAUCAAAUCACCGAAGCCACGCUCAGACCGUUGGGUAUCCACCUCUAUACCACAAACUCAAUGGAAGGACGAAAAGGCCAGACUGUCUUCUGCUGAAUAUCAUACAAAUAACCUCUUGAGCGCAGUACUGUUCGAAGAAACAUCCCGGCUCAUUCAUCAGAAUGCUAUCACCAUCGAAAUUGCACCUCAUGGUCUUCUACAAGCCAUCCUUCGUCGCUCUCUGAAGAAAGACGUCAUCAACAUUCCUCUCACACAAAGCUACCAUAAGGACAACGUUGAAGUGCUCUUAACAGCAAUCGGAAAACUUUACGAAUCUGGGUUAAACCCUCACAUGGCCAACAUUUACCCGCACAUUCCAUUCCCAGUUUCACAGGGUACUCCGAUGCUAUCUCAUUUAGUUGAGUGGGAACACAGUGAAGAUUGGUACGUGACGUCAUACAAAGCCCAAGAAAAGAUGAAAUCUGGUGAGAGAACAGUUAGAAUGUCCAUUAUUGAUGAAGACAGCGAAUACUUAGUUGGACACGUUGUUGACAGUCGUAACUUGUACCCUGCCACUGGUUAUCUUGUCUUGGUUUGGGAAACUCUUGGUAUGAUGAUGGGAGAACUGUUCACUGAAGUGUCUGUGGUGUUCGAAAAUGUUCGAUUCCAACGAGCCACAAACAUCCCUAAGGAAGGAAAUCUAGAGUUCAUUAUAAUGAUCCAGAAAGGCAGCGGCAAUUUUGAGAUCGUAGAAAGUGGUGCGUCAAUUGUGACUGGCCGUAUCUAUGCCAAGAAAAAUGUUGGACAGGACUAUCGAGUGCUCCCAAGCACACCAGAGUCUAGUAGUCCUAAUGUUAAACAUAUGCUUACAAAAGACUUUUACAAGGAACUUCGUCUUAGAGGAUAUCAAUACAGUGGUUCGUUCCGCGGUGUUCUUGGUUGCAACAUUGAUGGCACGCGUGGUCGUCUCUCUUGGGUCAACAACUGGGUCACUUUCAUGGAUUGCAUGCUACAGAUGAAGAUUAUCGGCCAAGACACCAGAGGUCUCUUUGUUCCUACCAGAAUCGAAAAGCUUUCUAUUGACGCCAAUAUGCAUUACAACGCCAUUUCCAAGAUGAACCCUGACUCGACUAAGAACUCGUUCGAGGUCCGCGUGUAUCCUCAUGUUGACGUUAUUAGGGCUGGUGGUGUAGAAAUCCGUGGUCUCCACGCCACUCCGAUUACAAAGAGGCUGCCACUAGGAGUUCCUGUUCUUGAGAAGAACAUAUUUGUCCCUCACUUUGGCAAAUCUAAGAUGGCGGUUGAAGAUAUUCUGCGCUCAAACCUUCAGUUAGUCUUAGAGAAUAUUCAAACCUACAAAGUCAAGUGUAUUGAAUUAGCUGAUGAAGAAUAUAAAAAUAAUGACUUAAAUCCGUUAUUAGAAAAAGUUGGUGAUGUUCUUGGAGACCUUCCACUAGUACAGGCAGAAUUACUGUUAAUAUCUAAUGAACCUAUUGAAAUGCCUUCUCAUAUAACUGUGGAGAAUAAGAAACUACAGGGCGAGAGUAAUGCUGUAGUGUGCAUUGGUGCCAAUCUUUUAAGCAGACCUGAAGUACUUCAACAAGCUAUAUCGACCCUCCGAGAUAAAUGCUUCAUCAUCAGUCGCGAGAAAGACCGUCCUGACCCCAAGCAAUAUUCUGGCAUAUACGACAUUGUAACUAUUCAAGAUACUGGCAUUGAGUACUUAGUCCUCUUCAGAAAGCGCGUGGGGGCAAGACCAGCUAAAUUUGUUAGAAUCCUUGCUUCAGACCAGAGUUUUUCAUGGAUCGACAAAGUCAAGGAGGAGCUCAAAGAAGGACAAAAACUUGUUUUGUAUACUCAAAAUGAGCACAUCAAUGGUCUACUAGGUUUAGUUAACUGCUUGAGGAGGGAACCUGGUGGUGAAGUCGUCAGUGGUUUGCUGAUUUCUGACCCAUCUGCUCCUGAAUUUAACCCUGAUUUGGAGUUCUAUGAAGAGAUACUGGAUAAGGAUUUAGCUUUGAACGUUUAUCAGAAUGGUCAAUGGGGAACUUACCGCCACCUUCUUCUUGGUGACUUGGAUACUAUCCGGGUAAACCACGCGUUUGUUAAUACUACAACUAUUGGAGACCUGUCUUCUUUAAGGUGGCUCGAAGGCCCAAUCAGACCCAACGAUAAGCAUGUCUUCAAAAAUCCAUCAAGUGUACUUGUACAUGUGUACUGCUCUGCACUUAACUUCCGUGAUGUAAUGACAGCAACAGGUCGUGUAACAGUUGAUGCUGUAGCUCGUGGCCGUAUUGCGCAGGAGUGUGUGCAAGGUUUUGAGAUUGUCGGCAAGACACCAAAUGGUUCACGAGUUAUGGGCAUGGUUUGUAACGCUGGUCUGGCGAACGUAGUUCAAGGUGACAAUGAUUUACUAUGGGCCAUUCCUGAAGAAUGGAGUUUUGAAGAAGCUGCCACUAUUCCUGUGGCUUACGGAACAGUUUACUAUUCUAUGGUGAUGGUGGGCAAAAUGCAACGGGGAGAAUCCAUCCUCAUCCACGCUGGAUCUGGUGGUGUUGGCCAAGCUGCCAUCAAUGUAGCUUUGUUUUACAAUUGUGAAGUAUUUACAACUGUUGGUACCGCAGAAAAGAGAGCAUUCAUCAAAAAACUUUUCCCACAACUUAAAGAUAGUCAUAUUGGUAACUCUCGUGACACCUCCUUUGAAGACAUGAUCAGAAGAGAGACUAACGGCAAAGGUGUCGACAUGGUAGUCAACUCUUUAUCAGAUGAGAAACUACAAGCCUCAGUGCGUUGCCUGGCGCACCGUGGUCGUUUCCUUGAGAUCGGCAAGUUCGACAUCAGCAAUAACACACCUAUUGGCAUGUACUUCUUCUCGAAGGAAACCUCCUUCCACGGCAUUAUGUUGGAUUACAUCUUUAAUCAAAGCUUCUCCUUCAGAAAGCGGCUGCAAAACCUUCUGAUAUCCGGUAUCGAGUCUGGGGCUGUAAGGCCUCUCACUUAUUGUACAUUUGAGAAGACAGAAGUUGAGUCUGCAUUCCGUUACAUGGCGGCUGGUAAACAUAUUGGCAAGGUGAUCAUCAAGAUCCGUGAUGAGGAACCCAGUUCCCAACGAGUAUUACCCACUAACAUACCGGUUGUCGCUCUGCCUAGGUACAACUGUCACGAGGAUCAUGUAUACAUCGUUGUAGGUGGUCUUGGAGGAUUCGGUCUUGAAUUAGCCGACUGGCUAAUCAUGAGAGGCGGUCGUAAGGUCGUCCUUACCUCUCGCAGAGGAAUCACAAAUGGGUACCAGGCGUCCCGACUUAAGGCUUGGACUUCUUACGGCGCUGACAUUAAAAUCUCAACCCACGAUGUCACAACUGAGUCUGGCUGCGAACAAAUGCUAAAGAUGGCUUUAGACAUGGGUCCAGUUGAUGCAAUCUUUAACCUUGCUGUUAUCUUAAAGGACUCUAUUUUCCAAAACCAGACACCCGAGACUUUCAAGACCUCGUAUGGACCUAAAGCUUUGGCAACAUUGAAUUUGGAUAAACUAUCCAGGAAACUGUGUCCAGGUUUAAAGGACUUUGUCAUCUUUUCAUCAGUGUCUUGCGGUCGUGGAAACGCAGGUCAGACGAACUAUGGUUUAUCAAACUCCGUGAUGGAAAGGAUCUGUGAAUGGAGACAUCAGCUUGGACUCCCGGCUCUUGCUAUACAGUGGGGAGCCAUUGGUGAUGUCGGUUUGGUAGCUGACAUGCAAGACGAUGACGUGCAACUUGAAAUUGGUGGUACUCUCCAGCAGAGGAUUUCCUCUUGUCUGAAUGCUCUGGACAAGUUCCUGAAACAAGAUGCUCCUAUCGUCUCUUCCAUCGUAGUAGCUGAAAAGAAGGCUGGUGGAACUGGCUGUGGCAACAUUGUGGAUGCCGUAGCACAGAUUAUGGCUAUCAAGGACCUGAAAACGGUAUCACAGCAAGUGUCCUUAGCCGAGUUGGGAAUGGACAGUAUGAUGGCGGUGGAGAUAAAGCAAACCUUGGAGCGAGAGUUUGAGAUCUUCCUCACCGCGCAAGACAUUAGGACACUUACCUUUGCAAGAUUGGUAGAACUAACGGCGCAACGAGAAGCAGCAGCAUCUACGGCUGCGUCCCGUCCUGCCCAUAUUGAAGGAGCUGCUGGUCUUAAAGUUAUCAUGAGGAACUUUGGUGAUGAAAAGCUGGUGUCAGAACCUCUUGUCUACAUGUCUUCUUUGGUCGGCGACGGUGUCGAGGGUGAAGAAGAAGUACACGUUAUGGAACGUGUUAUGUUCAUGUUACCAGGUAUAGAAGGAUGUGCUGCAGUAUUAGAACCUCUCUGUAGAAGGCUCAAGAUCAAGGUCUGUGUGCUACAACUUGGUACAGAGCAUAAGAGCGAGAAUAUGGAACAGAUGGUGAACAGACUGUACCAGUCGGUGAUAUCAAGGUUGGCUCCUGGUGCACCAUUCUGGUUACUGGGAUACAGUUUCGGUUCACUGCUCAUACUAGAGUUGGCAUCGAGACUUGAAAGUGAAGGUUUCAAGGGAACAGUAUUCUGCUUAGACGGUGCUCCAGAUUUUCUCCACGCCCUUUUAACCAUGACGAUCAGUUUCAAAAACGACUUCCAGCUACAAAACAAUUUACUGUGUCACAUAAUCGAUAUCGUUGCACCUAAUAAUGACACCAGUAAAGGUUUGUUAGACCAACUCAACAAAAUCGAGUCAUACGAAGAAAGAGUUGAACUUUCUAUUAAGGCUUCACCAAUUCAAUCUAAGUACUCUAACAAAUUCAUUGCUGAUGUUGCCACUGUAAGCUUCGAUCGCCUUAAAGUAGUUUUAGACUAUAAUACCAAAAAUUUCAAAAAGCUACAAUCUCCAAUAAUUUUGCUCCGACCAAAGGACAAUCCGCCAUUCAUUGUUGUUGAAGAGAACUAUGGCCUUGACAAAUUCACUGAAAAUAAAAUUACAGUACAUUAUCUUGAAGGUAACCACAUUAGUAUCAUUGAAAAUAAGGAUUGUGCUAAUAUUAUUAAUAGGGUUCUAGUCGAAAACGAAGAACAAAAAGGUAAAACUGGCGAAAAUGUUGUCACUAGCAUUGUUGAAAGUCAAUUAAAAGUUCAAGUGUAA